AUGCCCCCUCCUCUCUCCCGCAGCCUCUACCGCCCUCGGACCUGCGACUCGCUGCUGGACGACAUCGUGCUCACGCACUCGCUCUUCCUCCCCACCGAGCGCUUCCUGCAGCAGCUGCAGCAGCAAUAUCCUCGGCUGCAGGGCACCAGUGGGAGCCAGGGUCCCUGCCUGCGGUUGCUCCUUGACGGUGUCACCUUCGUGGCGGCGGCGGGGCCGUCGCUGGCCCCGGAGGAGCCCGCGGGGCUGCGGCGCAAGCGCGCGGUGCUCGCCGUCCUGCUCCACUUCCUCGACACCUACAAGGGGCUGCUGCAGGAGGAGGCGAGCGCCGGCAGGGUGGUCAAGGAGCUCUAUCUGCUCAUCAUGAAGGACGCGUCCCUGUACCGCGAGCUGGAGGACGAGGUCCUCAGGCUGCACCAGCUCGUGGAGGCCGUGGAGCUGAAGGCGGCCGAGGAGACGCCCCCCCCCGGCAGGCCGGUCAAGCCGCUGUUCAGGCACUUCCGCCGCAUCGACUCCUGCCUGCAGACGCGCGUCGCCUUCCGCGGCUCCGACGAGAUCUUCUGCCGCGUCUACAUGCCCGACCACUCGUACGUCACCAUCCGCAGCCGCCUCUCGGCCUCGGUGCACGACAUCCUGGCCGCCGUCAGCGAGAAGCUGCAGUACUCGGAGGAGCGCGGCGCCCGCCACGACGGCCUCCUCCUCGUCACCGUGGCCUCGUCCGGAGAGAAGGCCGUGCUGCAGCCCAGCGAGGAGUGCGUCUUCACCGCGCUGGGCAUCAACAGCCACCUCUUCGCCUGCACGCGGGACACGCUGGAGUCGCUGGUGCCGCUGCCCGAGGAGAUGCCGGUGGCGCCGGGGGACACGGAGAUCCACCGCGCCGAGCCCGAGGAGGUGGCCAAGCACCUCACCGCCUUCCACUGGGAGCUCUUCCGCUGCAUCCACGAGCUGGAGUUCGUGGACUACGUGUUCCACGGGGAGCGGGGCCGGCGGGAGACGGCCAACCUGGAGCUGCUGCUGCAGCGCUGCAGCGAGGUGCAGCACUGGGUGGGCACCGAGCUGCUGCUCUGCGAGUCGCUGGGCAAGCGGGCGCAUCUGCUCAAGAAGCUCAUCAAGAUCGCGGCCAUAUGCAAGCAGAACCAGGACAUGCUCUCCUUCUACGCCGUGGUCAUCGGGCUCAACAACGCCGCCAUCAGCCGCCUGCGCCUCACCUGGGAGAAGCUCCCGGGAAAGUUCAAGAAUCUGUUUCGGAAGUUUGAGAACCUGACGGAUCCCUGCAGGAACCACAAGAGCUACCGGGAGGUGCUGGCCAAGAUGAAGCCGCCGCUCAUCCCCUUCGUGCCGCUCAUCCUCAAAGAUCUCACCUUCUUGCACGAGGGCAGCAAGACCCUCCUGGACGGGCUGGUCAACAUGGAGAAGCUGCACUGCAUCGCCGAGAAAGUGCGGACGAUCCGCAAGUACCGGAGCCGCCCGCUGUGCCUGGAGCUGGAGGCGUCUCCGGCGCAGCUGCAGACCAAGGCCUACGUGCGGCAGCUGCAGGUCAUCGACAACCAGAACCUGCUCUUCGAGCUCUCCUACAAGCUGGAGCCGGGCGGGCAGUGAGCGCCGCCCGCCCGCACUCACGCACUUUGCCCCG